AUGGCCGAUUUUCGGCAGUUCUUUGACCCCGUAGCCGCGUCAAGUUUGACAUCACCGUUCUUUCGCCCCAUCCCGAUACUUGAUUCGCUUCGCCCUUUUCGCCGUAUUACUCCACUGCCAUCUGGGUGGUGCUUAGGGGUUCUGGGGCGACUUCGACGCAGGGCGGCUUCUCCACAAAUAAAACGUCUUCUUGGCACAUUUAACGGUAUCGCGAACAAGAGAUCAACUACCACUGACACUACUAACCGAGCACUUGUUACAAAGUCCACCAGCUUCCUAAAUACGCGUAAAGUUUUGGAUGAUGUUUUCGAGAAAGAGGGUUUCCCCAAAAACAUCAAAUCCGAUAAUGGGCCCCCGUUCAACAGCGAUGAUUAUCAACAAUAUUGCAAGGAGCGUGGGAUUAACGUUUUAUAUUCGACACCAUUAUACCCUCAGCAAAACGGUCUAGCCGAAAGUUGCAUGAAGCUGGUGAACAAAGCAAUGGCAGCAGCUCAUGCAAAUGGAAGCAAUUAUGUUGACGAAUUAAACGCUGCCGUGAAAGCCUACAAUGCAGCCUUUCAUUCCGUCACAAAAGUGCCACCGGAAGAGGUCAUGACGGGAAGGAAAAUAAAACGAAACCUCCCACUGCUUCGUCGCGGGAGAGCGAUAAUAGACGAUGAACUGUUGAACGCGAGAGACCGCGAAUCAAAGAUUAAAUCUAAAGAACGCGAAGAUUUAAAACGCGGGGCACGUACAUGUCGUGUUCAGCCCGGAGACAUGGUAAUAGUUGAACGGAAUAUAAGAAUGAAAGGCGACUCACGGUUUGAUCCUCGGAAAUUCACUGUUGUAAAAGAGAACAACGGUAAUCUCUUGUUGAACGAUGAACAUGGGCAGCUUUUGAAACGGCACGUUUCUCAGACCAAAAAAGUCCACAAUUGGAGGGAAAGUCUUGAACCAGCCGGUAGCAUCAAACGCCAGCACAACACCAAAGCAGAGCAGCUUCAAACAUCAGGACCAAUCUCACCAACCGAUAUCGUUCGCCGAUCAACACGAGUGAAACAUUCUCCGGUUUUCCUUAAGGGCUAUGUUCAAUCGCUUCAGUCCAGUAGCCAAAUCGAAUAA